AUGAAUGAGAUACAGGAUGCCAGUUCGCCUGCAGCUGCCCUCAGCAGCGUUCCAGCAGCCUGUGUGUCCAAAGUGGAGCUGCGGGUAUCCUGCAAGGCCUUGCUGGAUCGAGAUACACUGAACAAGUCUGAUCCAUGUGUUAUUCUCAUGGUGCAAACCCAGGGACAGUGGACUGAGCUGGACCGCACAGAGGUGAUCAAGAGCAAUCUGCACCCAGUCUUUGCUAAGGUUUUCACCCUCGACUACUACUUUGAAGAGGUACAGAAGCUGCGCUUUGAAGUAUAUGACAUACAUGGAACCCACAGUAUUGGGACUCGUGACGAUGACUUCCUAGGUGGAGUUGAGUGCACACUUGGUCAGAUUGUGGCCCAGAAAAAGAUGGUGAAGCCUUUGUUAUUGAAAUAUGGAAAAUAUGCUGGAAAAUCCACAAUUACAGUUCAUGCUGAAGAAAUUUCUGGCAACAAUGGUUAUGUUGAACUGUCCUUCUGUGCCAAGAAACUGGAUGACAAGGAUCUCUUCAGUAAGUCGGAUCCAUUCUUGGAAAUUUACCGCAUCAAUGAUGAUGGUACAGAACAGCUUGUUCACAGAACUGAAGUAAUCAAAAACAACCUGAACCCAGUGUGGGAGCCCUUUAAAGUGUCUUUAAUUGCUCUGUGCAGCUGUGAUGAAGACAGGAAGUUAAAGUGCCUAGUCUGGGAUUAUGACUCCAGGGGAAAGCAUGACUUCAUUGGAGAAUUCUAUGCCACUUUUAGAGAGAUGCAGAAAAUUUCUACAGGAAACAAGGUCACAUGGGACUGCAUCAACCCAAAAUACAAACUAAAGAAAAAGAAUUACAAGAACUCAGGGGUGGUCAUUCUGAAUGAUCUUAAGCUUCACAGAAUCUAUUCCUUCUUGGACUACAUCAUGGGCGGAUGCCAAAUACAUUUCACAGUGGCCAUUGACUUCACCGCAUCUAAUGGAGAUCCUCGUAAUAGCUGCUCUCUACACUAUAUCAACCCUUACCAGCCGAACGAGUAUCUGAAGGCUUUGAUAGCUGUUGGGGAGAUCUGCCAGGAUUAUGACAGUGACAAAAGAUUCUCUGCUCUGGGAUUUGGUGCAAGAAUUCCGCCUAAUUAUGAGGUCUCACAUGACUUUGCCAUCAAUUUCAACCCAGAGGACGAUGAAUGUGAGGAGAUCCAGGGGGUAGUGGAAGCCUACCAGAACUGCCUCCCUAAGAUCCAGCUCUACGGUCCCACCAAUGUGGCCCCCAUCAUAAGCCGAAUAGCCAAGCUGGCAGCUGGGGAAGAAACCAUCAAAGAUGCCUCUCGAUAUCACAUCCUUUUGAUCCUGACGGAUGGGGUGGUGACAGACAUGGCUGACACACGGGAGGCCAUUGUGCGGGCGUCCUAUCAGCCUCUGUCCAUCAUCAUUGUGGGCGUGGGAAAUGCUGACUUCACUGAUAUGCAGAUCCUGGACGGGGAUGAUGGUAUCCUGCGCUCGCCUAAAGGAGAGCCGGUCCUUAGAGACAUAGUGCAGUUUGUUCCCUUCAGAGAUUUCAAAACGGCCUCCCCUGCUGCCUUGGCAAAGUGCGUCUUGGCAGAGGUGCCCAAACAAGUAGUGGAGUACUACAGUCACAAGGCCAUUGCACCCAUGUGUCCAGUUGUGGACUCUCCUAAUUCAAUUGCCAAUACACCUGAAUAA